AGUUGCAGAGGGUUGGCGAGUACGUUCUCUCUCUCUGCCGAUUACCUUAGGACUCGGGUGACAGCUUGACUUCAGCGCUGCCUUUAUUAUCAUCGCCGUCUUGCUGAUUGCUCCUCUCACUACGCUUUGCCGCUGCCUGGGAAACGUACGGCAGUAACUGAAGCAAGGAUUUUCCAUUACAAAAACACAGAAAAAAAAAACAUUCACGUCUGAAAGCUCGCUCGAGACGACGGUCAUGUCUGACACGGAGGGCAGCUUUGACGAUCCCUCAUGUCUCUUUCCACAGAGCCCCGUGUCCAACUCGCCCUGCAGGAGACCCGACAAGGACACGAAGAUCACCAUUAACAGCGUAACCUUUCCGCUUCCCGCCACGGGCCCCGAGCAGCCGCUGCUGAAGCCCGGCGACUGGAGCUACUGCGACUAUUUCUGGGCUGAUAAAAAAGAUCCUCAGGGAGGCACGUGCAUCCCUGGCUUUGAGAUUCUUCUUCAGAAACAGCUGAAGGGCAAACAGAUGCAGAAAGAGAUGGCGGAGUUUAUGCGGGAAAGGAUAAAGAUUGAGGAGGAAUACGCCAAGAACCUCUCAAAGCUCUCCCAGAUUCCCCUGGCGGCACAAGAAGAAGGCACGCUCGGAGAUUCAUGGGCCCAGCUGAAGAAAAGCUUGGCAGACGAGGCUGAUGUCCACAUGAAGUUCUCCGCGAUGCUCCACAGCGAGGUGGAGAAACCUUUGCUGACCUUCAGAGAACACUUCAAAAAGGACAUGAAGAAAUACGACCACCACAUUGCCGACCUGCGGAAACAGCUGACCGGCCGUUACUCGGCGGUGGAGAAGUCCCGCAGGGCCCUGGCCGAUCGGCAGAAGGACCUGGAGGUGAAGACCCAGCAGCUGGAGAUCCGUCUCAGCAACAAGACCGAGGAAGACAUCAAGAAGGCCCGCAGGAAGUCCACACAAGCAGGCGAUGAUCUGAUGCGCUGUGUGGACCUUUACAACCAGGCCCAGUCCAAGUGGUUCGAGGAAAUGGUCACCACCAGCUUGGAGUUGGAGAGGCUGGAGGUGGAGCGGGUGGAGAUGAUUCGGCAGCACCUGCGGCAGUACACCACCCUGCGGCACGAGACGGACAUGUUCAACCAGAGCACCGUAGAGCCGGUGGUGCAGCUGCUGCAGACGGUGGACCCAGCCAAAGACAGAGAGCUCUGGGUGACGGAGCACAAGACCGGGGAGAUCCGCCCGGUGGACAUGGACAUCUAGACAAGGUCCCGUCUCGUCCGUCCUACAACACCAGAGGGCGCCCUCACUCCCUCAGAGACAGUAGACACCUCAACCCAUCAGAGCAGGGAGGGCCGGAACAUCAUCUCCUCCACUCACGGAGCUCCGUGUCUGUCGGUGCGUGACAGGAGAGCCUAUUUACUGGAGAGUACGACGGAGCAAAAUCUUCUACAGUGUGCUCGCAGACCUCUGUUCGGUUUGUGUCUCGUUCUAGAACAUCGGCGCCCAAUCGUGUGCCGUGGAGGCCUGAGAGGUUUUCAUUCCAGCCUGUCACCACUCCCCCUGAUCUCACUCAUUAGCACACUGUCACGCACACUGUCACACCCCCGGGAGGGAGAUGUGGCAGUUCCGGGUUUCCGCCGUUGUUACGUGGGGAGAGAGCGCACCCACACCAACACAAACAGAAAAAAAAAAAAAAAAGUAUUGGCAAAAGCAACAAACUAACACAACAAACUCCAAUGAGUCAUGCUUUCGGCAAGUUCUCCAGGUCUCGCCCUGUGGAGAAGAGCACACAUUUAAGCACCUGGGCUGAUUACAGUAGCUAACACAACCCGGGUGCAUGUGCUCCCUCCACCCAUAGGUGUGUAGCUUAGUGGUUAAGGUAAAUGACUGGGACCCGCAAGGUUGGUGGUUCGAUCCCCAAUGUAGCCACAAUAAGAUCUGCACAGCCAUUGGGCCCUUGAGCAAGGCCCUUAACCCUGCAUUGCUCCAGGGGAGGAUUGUCUCCUGGUUAGUCUAAUCAACUGUACGUCGCUCUGGAUAAGAGCGUCUGCCAAAUGCCAUUAAUGUGUGGCUUCACCAGACCAAAUGCCACACACACCUUCAACUUCAGAGGAGGGAGCUAAUUAGUGAGAUCAGCAGGCAUACUCUCAGUCCUCCAUGGCACAUGAUUGGGUGCCGCUGUUCUAGUGCGUUUCUUUAAGGCAGGGAUAGCGACGACUGUUAUCUCCAAGGUCCGCAUGUAUUCAUGCGUCGAGCAUCACUCCCAUUACUGUCCUUGCAUGACCUUGUUCAGAGACUGCCCAUUGACGUGUACAUGUUGAAUUUGUCCAAUUUGUCAGUUUUUCUAUUAACUGCUAAUAGGUUUGUGAUAUGUGUAAGAACACAAAUCAUCAGGAAGAAUAUUUACAUCAGCGUCAUUUCCUGCCCACCAAGUCUUCGUUUUUAUAGCCUCAUAAAAAUAUAAUUUGUUUUCAAGACAACUUCAGGUUUUAAAAAGACAUCUCCCAUCAUGUCCAAGAAAGAGACUUGAAGGAAUAUGAAUGUUUGAAAGAAAUAAUGAUACAAAAAGUGCUGAAAAGGGUACAAAUGCUUGUCACUGGGGUGGUACCCUAUAAAAUAAAGUACAGAAAAAAACAUUACAUUACAUUACUGUACUUUCAGCAUACAUUUAGGAAAUGUUAUCCUUUAAGAACAAAACUGUACCUCCACUUUAUUUCUGAGAGCGAAGAUGCUUGCUGGUAAAAUAAAAUUGCGUUCUUAGAGCAGCAUCAGGAUUUGAUGGCUUUUAGCAAUCUCAGAAUGCCGGCAAUGUCACCUGGUGCUCUUGACCACUUCAUUCUCAAAUAAUCUUUAUCCUAAAUACUGGAAGUUAAUUAAUUGAUUCUUAUAAUGUGUACAUUUUCACACUUCUGUAGUUAGAUUUUACAGUUCAGUAGGUACAGGAUAUGAAGAUACUAAAAUGUUAAAUAUUUGAAAGACACACAGUCCAGGAUGCGUGGGUCCAUCAAGGCCAUCUGCAAAGACCAGUGGACAUUCCUGACAUAAUCAUAUGCCAAAAAUUCUUAACCAUUGUUGUCUGUAUUUUUCCAUUCCUUAGCAGACUUUGUUUGAUGUGGCUCAUUGCAGGGUAAGCUUACAUAGCAUUGAGGAAAACUCAGUGAUUUUCCUCUUUGGUCUUCUUUGCCAACUGACUGUUACAAUAGCUACACAGGCCCUUGGAUACCAUCUUCCAUGGGCACACAGUGAUGAUGUCACAGCAGACAUCUUACUGAUAGAUCAUUCAAGGGGAAAACAUACCCCUGAUGUUUGGUGCUUGGAUCACCAUUACACUUUUGUAAAUACUGUGCAUUUUUAAUCAUCCUGUUUGCAGGCAGUUAAUGUUUCAGCAUUGACAUUUGGGACAGAUGGAUGUCAGUCCUCUGGCUUAUUUUUUAAAUAAUUUUUUACUUGUACUACCCGAUGCUAAAACUAGGUCAUUUGUGUUAGCAGUUCAGAUUUCAGCAGUUUGGAGCAGAGAAGAGUCUGGAUGUCAGGAUGCAUAUUUUUCAUGCCUACAGCAUGUUUUUAUGUCUGCCUGAACCAUAUAAUAAGUUUGUAUUCAUCAGUAAAGUAACCUCAUGUGUAUUUCCAAAGGAUACGUAGCUGAAUGACUGUUUUAAUGAACAGUUCCUGUAAUGGUAAUGUGGUACAGAUUUUGAAAAGAAUGAAAUGUUGCCAAUGAGAAAAACAGAGUACAUUUCAGACAAAAUGUUCUCAGUUCAGAUUAUUGUAUUUUCUUUUGGGUGGUUUUGCCAAAUUUAGUGAAAUUUUAACGGAAGCAACAUGCAGCACUGAAUCGAAAUUAAAUAUAUUACUGACAGUUGAGGGAAGUUAGGAAUUGAUCUGUAUGUGGAGAGAAUUACUAAAGGUUGCAAAUACACCAAAAGAGAUGGGUACAGAAAUGACAUUGAAAUUAUUUUACAUAAGAAUUAUUUUUAUACAAAGCCUAGCAUAUAACAUAACCAAUUAUUUUAUCUUAUUUCUCAGAAUAAAUUAACCUUUUUGCAUGUAACAACCAUUAAAUUACUCAUUAAACAUUAAACAUGUUUUUUGCAAGAAUACUCAAAGAAAUGUAGAUAUAAAUGUUCUUGUUCAAAGGGUGUAUUGUAACUUACUGUAAAUUUGUGGAAAGUGUAAUUUUGCUAACUGGAUGUGUUUGAACUGUGACAUGAGCUUUGAAAUCAAUUGACUACGGAAAAGAUUGUAAACAGUAAUUUAAUGGAUAUUUGGUGAUUGUUUUGUAUUAAUAUGAGAUAUAUAUUAAAUCAGAUGUUAAAGGAUUUGAGUUCUUUGAGACAUUGUCAAGUCAUGUUAAUAUACGUGCUUGUGUGUGUCUAUAUUAUCUCAAUGUGUGUCUGCGUUUUCACAUGUAAUGUACCAUGUCAGAGAAUAGGAUUUUAAAAAUCAAAGAAUUGCUUUUCAGCCAUUAACAGCAACAGAGACAGUGUUUUACAGGCAUUUACAUUGCUUUAGUCACUUGUGACAGUAAACUAUUUGUAAAAUAUUGAUAUUGUCAGUCAUAAAAUAUAAAAUGUUUGUCCAUUGACCA